AAGAAAAAAGAAAAAAGAAAGAAGUAGAAGAAGAAAAGAAAUGGAGAAGAGAGAGAGUGAGUAUGGUGGUGGUGCCUCGCUACCUUCACAAUCAUGCAGAGACGCGAACGAAAGAAAGGUGACGUACUUCUACGAACCCACCAUUGGAGACUUCUUCUACGGUCAUGGUCAUCCAAUGAAGCCUCACCGGAUCCGCAUGGCUCACAGCCUCGUCGUCCAUUACGGCCUCCACCGCCUUUUGCAAGUCUCCCGUCCCUUUCCGGCUUCCGCCUCCGACGUCGGCCGCUUCCACUCCGACGACUACGUUCAAUUCCUUUCCACUGUCACGCCGGACCUCGCUGUCGCCGCCCACGCCAACCACUCCAAUUACCGCACGCUCCGGCGAUUCAAUGUUGGCGAUGAUUGCCCCGUUUUCGACGGCCUCUUUAACUUCUGCUGUGUCUCCGCCGGCGCCUCCAUCGGCGCCGCCGUCACGCUCAACCGUCGUGAUGCUGAUAUUGCUGUUAAUUGGGCCGGUGGCCUCCACCAUGCCAAGAAAGCUGAGGCUUCGGGAUUCUGUUAUGUUAACGACAUCGUUCUUGGGAUUCUUGAGCUCCUCAAGAUUCACAAGCGUGUGCUGUAUGUUGACAUUGAUGUUCACCACGGUGAUGGCGUUGAAGAGGCCUUUUACACUACUGAUAGAGUGAUGACAGUGUCUUUCCAUAAGUAUGGGGAUUUUUUCCCAGGCAGUGGGCACAUAAAAGACAUUGGGGUGGGCGAAGGAAAGAAUUAUUCUCUGAAUGUUCCACUAAAUGAUGGAAUGGAUGAUGAAAGUUUCCGUGGCCUGUUUCGUCCCAUCAUUCAAAAAGUCAUGGAGGUUUAUCAACCUGAUGCAGUUGUUCUUCAAUGUGGAGCUGAUUCGCUGUCAGGUGACAGGUUGGGUUGCUUCAACUUGUCUGUGAAGGGUCAUGCAGAUUGUGUUCGUUUCCUUCGAUCAUUCAAUGUUCCUCUGAUGCUUUUAGGUGGAGGAGGAUAUACGAUUCGUAAUGUUGCUCGCUGUUGGUGUUACGAGACAGCGGUGGCAGUGGGAGUUGAGCUUGAUAAUGACUUGCCUUACAAUGAAUACUACGAGUAUUUUGGCCCUCAAUAUGUUCUUCAUUACAAGCCUUCGAGACGGGAUAACCUAAACAAGCCCAGAGAUCUCGAAAAGAUUAGAAUCAAGUUACUAGAACGGCUCUCCAGACUUAGCCAUGCCCCCAGUGCUCCUUUUCAGACAACUCCAUCGGUUACAAAUGUUCCAGAAGAGGAAGAAGAGGAUAUGGAUGUAAGACCAAAUUGUCGCCUAUGGAACGGUCAAGAUUUUAAUUCGGAUAAUGAUGAAGAUGUGGAGAAUACAAAAUCUUCAAACUCAGCUGGCUGAAGCAGCAGGCGCAAUUCAGAUGAGAUGGACGAUAUAGAAGAGACUCCUUAACCUCAAUAUCGAUAGGCAUUAGAACAGAGCAAAUUGCAAGUUACCAUGUCAGAGAGGAAGCUCAUUGUGUUGAGCUGUAUCAAAAUAUGUAAUUCUAGUUGUAAAUGUUUGCAACUUUAAUACUUUGAUGUACAAAGAAGCAUGUACAGUUGCCAAAUCUUUACAUGGCGAAUGAUGGCACGGUGGUGGCGGCCGCCGUUGGGUUUCUAGAAAGUCACCUUAUACAAAUAAUGUGUUUAGUUCGUACUUGAUUUGCAAAUGAAGUUUGGAACAAAUAAUACUCAAUUGCAACUGUGUGAUAAAAACUUAAGUUGACUUUAAAACUAUUUCAUUCCUUUUAUUCUGUGGGGUAGGUAUACUUGGAAUUUCUUAUUUUUAUAACCACUCAAUUCCCAUCUCACAGUUAAGACUACACUGUAUUUUAUUCUCAUUUCAACAACAGUACUCUGUCUAUAAUAGACCUUCCUCAGUUGAGUUAGCUCUCUAUUAAUACUAGAACUUGUAAUGAAACUGCAUCCUCUACCUACUUGAGUUGACUAUAGAGACCUUGGUCAUCUUUGAUCCAAUUUUUCAUUGAGGUGCUAUACAGAAUAACCAAUCAUAACUUAGAAAGGUGCAAUCUCCAGCUAUUUUCUUGUUUGAAAAACAGGGUAUUGUUAUUUGGGGUUUGGGAAUCUUGCAAUGGAAGGUAAACAGUUUCUGUUGAAGUCAAUGGUAACUUUCAUAGUGUUAUUCCUUCUUGUUGGUCACCCAACUCCAGCAGUUUCUGAACUCUCAUCCGAUGGCUAUGAGAUGGUGUUACCUACAUCGGUUGCAACUCGUGGCAGCCUUGGGUGGCUACAUAUGAAUGGUGGAAAAGUAAGUAUGGAGAAUUCGGAGGGAAGAUUCGUUGGCCUAAGUGAUCGGAGGAGUCUGAGAUCGAAUCCGUCGCGGCCACCAACUCCUCAUCGAAGUCCAACAACAAUUUAUAAAUCCCCUCCUCCUCGGCCACCACCUCCUCCUCCUCCUCCUCCUCCUCCUCCUCCUCAUCAUCAUCAUCAUCAUCAUCAUCAUCAUCAUCAUCAUCAUCAUUCUCUUCCUCCUCCUUGUAAUCCUCCACCAUUUUAACAAUAAAUUCAAGUUCCUCCUAUCUCUUUAGUCUUUUGUGUGCUUAGUGACGCUUAAAAAUUAAUAAAAUUCAUGAAAAUCUAUGUGAAAUGUUAUGUACUUUUCUCUCUGUUCCUUGAUUAUGCUAUAAAGGAUGUUGUAUUCUUGUAUUCUAUGUAACUA